AUGGAGUUCUCCUCGGAAGCUUCCCAACCUGUACGACGAGCAAGCCAAGCACCAAGUGGGCCUCCCGGGCUGGGGCAGCGGCAAGCAAAUCAACAGGGCGACAUCACGCCUGGUGACCCAAGCAGAGUAACUUCGCCGUCCGGACAGACACAAAUUUCUCGAUCGCCUAUAUCUCAGAGUAUGAAUGCGGCCAUAGGUCAAGAGAGAUUCUUGGGGCAAGAUGGAAGGACGCAGUUACAGGAAUCGCCGUCACAGUCACUGGGAAUGCAGCCGCGAGAUAUGUUCGGAGAUCGGGAGAUCGGAACAAGAGCCGACCACGACUCGAUCUUCGCAGGUAUGGGUGAAAGAGACCGAUUCGGGAUGAAGGGUUAUGUUGCAGAACAAGACAAUGCGAGCCCAGCUGCAAGAAGUUUGAUGAGGGGGGUAGACUUGUCAACUCUCGGCAUCAACAUGGGCUCUCAAGAACCCCUACUGUCAUCCUACCCCGGGCCAUGGGCCGAAGCCAAUGCAACACCACUGCGGCCAUUGGAUUCGGAGUACAGCAUACCAGACUGCUACACUGUCAAGAAAAUCGCACCACUGUCUACUCGAAUCACCGGUUUUGUGGAUGAAACACUAUUCUUCAUAUUCUACACCAUGCCUCGGGAUUACAUACAAAUGCUGGUGGCUCAAGAGCUGGUGGCGCGCAAAUGGCGGUACCACAUGAGAGAGAAGCAGUGGCUCACCAGGGACGACGCGUCGCCUAGCCCGGUGCUACUGGAUGACAAAGUGAGCGAGCAAGGCUACUACAUCUGGUGGGACACGAAACUUUGGAAGAAGGUUCGGCGGAUUUACACAUUGAGAUACGAGGACCUAGAAGAGCAACCCAGCAUGGGCAAUCGGCCUAUUCAUGCAGGCACAAUGGGAGCAAUGUCGGGUAUCAAUGGAGGAAUGGGCGUCGGCAAUUUCAACGCCGUGCCUAGUCUGGAGAGGAUGGCAGCCAGCGGAAGAGGCUUCUAG